GUGGCCUUCUACGAGAUCCUCAACGGCCUUUGGGUGAGAAACGGCCUUCAGAUCAAAGGGCAAGCGAUGACGUACAUCCAAUGUAACUUUUGCAACUCGAUGGUGGACGCCGACCUGUACCUGCUUCAAAUUUGUUGCACUAGAGUCAACACGGAACGAUUUUUAACCAUGGUUAUAGACCAGUUUCACAUCAAAGAAUUCAUGAGUCUGGUGCCGUUUAGGGCCCAUACGAAUCCAUUCUUCGAGGAUGAAAACGACACUCCCAUGUUGGAGAGUUGUCUUACGUUUUUGGCCACAUUGGUUAGCGUCAGGACCAAUUUGGGUUUACCUGACACUGUCCUGAACAGACUGGAAAUGGUCACGUUACUUUGCAUGGCCGACAAAACCCAUUCACAGCUAAUGGAACUAAUGCCAGAAAGAUCUGGUACGCAGAGCAGAGACUUCGAAGCCUUAUUGGCGGAAUGCGCAGACUACCGGGCACCGGCGUUAGAAGCCAUGGGCAACAUGCAACAGGGAAUGUACGUGCCGAAAUCGACCGUAUGGGAGAACCAUUACGAUCCCAUUCACGUGUUGUUAAGGGCGGUACAUAGAAGGGAUUUCCAGAACUCCAUUGACAGAUACACUGAAUACUGCAGGCAAACGAAUAAAUUGAAACCGGGAGUGAACCCGUGGCCCCCGUUCCGUACCCCCGCCAACGUCGGCGAUAAUUACAUCGAUCCGAGGCACAUUUUAACCUGGAACGUUUUCCAUGCGAUGGCGUUCGUUAUCUUGUAUAAAGCGGUCAAAGGUUUGGUGUCCGAGCACGUGAUGGCCCUAAUAGUGUUUCUGUUGGAGCAGAGUGUGAACAUCACGAACGAUUUUAAAGAUACCUAUUCGAAAUUGUGUCUGGCGCAGCCGGUGAAGUCGCGGCAAGUGGUCGACGGAGACUUGGCCAACUGGUACGAGACCGGUUACGUGUUUGACAACUUUAGAACGGUCAUUCCCAAGGUUAUUUUUCCCACUACCGUACCGGACAUUGCGCCUACGCCUAUAGUUUAUAGCUCCAGCAAUGAGAGUGAUCUGGGCGAAGACGACGACAGUUCAUCAAACUCCGACGAUAUAAUCAUGAUGCACGACCCGAACGACGACACCCAAAAGCAUUUAAUGAUCGAAGAGAAACACGAGGAGCACAACGAGCAGCAACAGAGCGGCAUGAUGGAACUGAUGUUGUACACGGGAGAGUCGUCCCUAGAAGAGGAAAUGCGAAGCAUCCCGGUGUCUCCGGUGGAAAUCAUUUCGCCUGCGUUGGCCAUCUUACCGGCCGGAUCUGUGCUAGAGGCGAUGGACACCGAGGACCGAACUGUGGCUAUUCCCGCCGAUAAAACUGUUGCUAGACAAACUUCCCCGGACUCUCCGGUGUCCACAAGAGAAAACGCUCUACCGUCCCCGGCAAAGUAUCCCGCUUUGCUGGCCGGUAACGAAAUUGCCAAGAAACUCGGCAAUUUUAGACAAACCGGCCUCCUGCGAUCCAUACAGUCGAAACAGAACGACGAAAUGGCCGCCCUGCCUUCGACCUCACACGGGCAUAGGAGACGUCCCGGUUAUAAGGCGAAAAAACCGCCCGGUGACUUUCCGGAGGACCAACCCUCCGUAAAAAUCAACGAAAGUAUCGUCUCUUUGUUGUUAAAGUUGCACUCCCAGUUGUCCGGGGUCCCGGACAGUUUCGACCCCGAUAGCGAGGAAGUCGAUUAUUUUGUCGAUGGAGACGACAAGGUCCCUUGCGGUGACGGUCCCUUCUACGUGGGAAAACUCCUAAAGAAAAUCUCCGUGUCCGAUCCCAGUUGCCACGCCUUCAUCCAGAAAACCCGUAAGGAGAUCUGGCCCUCGUCGGAAGAGGUGGAACAAGCGAAACAGAUGAGAGAGAACAAGGAGCGGGAAGAGCGCAGGCGACGUGCUAAAGAGAGACAAGAAAAACUGAUGGCGGAAUUCGCUAAAAAACAAAACGACUUUUGGAAACGCGAAAAGGAACGAAUGGAAACGGACGACAUGUCCGAGGAUAUGGACGACACCGAGGUGCCGAUCAGUAAGCAAGAGUACGACUGUGUUAUUUGUAAUAUAAGUUCUCCUAGUACCGAAGAUAAACCGAUGGGUUUGGUAGUGUUGAUCCAGGCGACCAGCGUGAUUGGCCAUAGGAGGAGGUUCGGGCAACCGGAAAGGGCUACUUUACCCACGUGCGAUGACGAGAAGGAUUUGUUGAGGAAGGACGAUACUUUAUCGGCGGAAUUCGAUAAGAGGGUUGAGGAGCUCGAUAGACAUUUUGAUCCUCAAUCAUGGUUCCUAGCGGUCAACACCGGAUGGGACGGCGGCGUGCACGUACAAACCUGCGGGCACCACUUGCAUUUGGACUGUCUGAACAGCUACUUGCACUCCCUAAGGUCCCAGCAGAGACAACAGACUUUGUCGCCCGAAAAGGGCGAGUAUUUGUGCCCGUUGUGCAGACAAUUGGCCAAUUCGGUGUUACCGUUAUCCACCGAAUACGGGGACAAAUCGCAAAUGGUGAGGGCGCGACCGAACGAGAGCAUGUCACACAUUUUGGACGAACUCAGCGGCUUUUUGAAGGAUAACGAUCAGAAACCAAGUUCCUCGAACAUGGCGGAGGCCAUCGGUAAAGUGAUGGAGGAUAUGACCAACAGCACCCAACUAAAAGCCCUGUUCAAGCCGAAAAACGAGAAACCGAUUACGCAAAGUUUAAUUUUGUUCGUCACCUCGAUCGCCCGAACGAAUUUGGAGGUGGAGCUGGUGCAGCGCGGCGGUACUUUGGUCACGGCCGCCAGCGAUCCCCCGAAUCCCUUGUUACCUAAACGGGAUUGCAUUGUUCCUUUACUGCACGUGCUGGCGGUACACGCGCGCGUCGCCCGCAGCAUAAUGCGCUGGCCCGCCUGGAUGACCUUCCAGCAAUUGUGCGGAGUUCGAAUCCAGGAUCCGGUCACCGCUUUGGCCCCCAUAGAGCGAGAGGUGCCGGUUUUAUUGAAAGAUCCGGUCGCGUUGCUUUUGCAGUUCGUCUUGCUGUUGCCGCUCCAUUUGGACCAAACCUAUUUCACCGCAACGGUCCAAAUGGUGUACAACCUGCUGUACUACCAAGUGGUCGCACAAAUAUCCUGCGGUUUGACCGGCGCAGAGCGUAGUAAAGCGACCCGCAGGGCCUCCCGGGAUUCCGUGAAAAAUUUGUGCGACGCCAUGGCGUUGGUCAACGAAUGUUUGGGACGCACCGACCUCUACAUGGACGACGACGCCGAUGACGACAUUAGUGAGGGCGGAACCUCCGUUCAUGAAGAAGAAGAGGGCGAAAGUGGGAGGCAUCGGGUGAACAUGGGAGUUUUAGAGGAGCAGGUGCAAAAGUUGUGUCUGCCCUUCCUGCGUAUAGCCGCCCUACUAAAAUUCCACAUUUACCAGCAGCAGUUGCCGGAAGUGCGGUCGACACACAGCGAAUUCGUCCGGUUGGUGUAUUAUUUGGAACUGGUGACAGAAUCGAUGGAUUGGGGACGUUUUAAUGCGAGCGUCGCCUUAAAUUGGCCUCGAGAAACGGACGUUUGUAGGUAUUCGCCGCAAUCGUGGUGCAACGAGUUUGCCUCGUUCGUAGUCAAAAGCCAAAUCGCCGCCAGGUCGUUCUUAGUGGAUCAAAUCAUAUUGUGGCACCCGCCCCGGCUGCUGGCACUACCUAGGGAAUACGAAAAAAUAUUCACAUAUUACCACGAACGUCCUUGCAACCAGUGCCACUCGGUAGCGGCGGAAACCAGCAUUUGUUUGUUGUGCGGCACCAUAGUCUGCCUGAAACAGAACUGUUGUAAGCAGCAAAACGUGUGCGAGGCGGUGGCGCACGCGCAAGAAUGCGGCGCCGGCACCGGAGUCUUUCUCGUUAUUACCUCGACGUACAUCAUCGUUAUACGGGGACACCGGGCCUGUCUCUGGGGGUCCCUUUAUCUGGACGAUUUUGAGGAGGAAGACAGAGAUUUAAAGCGUGGCAAACCCCUUUACCUCAGCAAAGACCGCUACCAACUGUUAGAACAGCAGUGGCUCGCCCACCGGUUCGACCACACGAAGAAAACGUGGGUGCAGCACCGAAACGCCCUCUAAACCAAAAAAAAUGAUACCAACAAACUACAUUAAAAAAAAAACGCAAACAUCCACUUCCAUAAUAUGACGACGUAACCAACUUUCAGUUUCUGGUUUUAAAGUUAAUUUUAUUAAUUCGUUGGCGGUCGAGUACCAAACUAACAAAUAAAAUAAAUUCCACGUUUUAAUUGGU